AUGGAGAUAACUCCCAAAUUAGCCAAAAUAAACCAUGAGGAUUCUUCACCUUGUAAUUCACUUGAAUCGAGCCCCUCUGAGUUUAAAGUGGAAAAGCAUACUCCAAAGCUGAGUUCAUCACUGAGGGAGAGACUGAAGAGAACACGGCGCUCCUUCGUCUCGCCCCUGUCUGUGGCCAAACGCCUGUGUGUGGAUGAUGUGGAGGAGGAUGGCCGACAUGUACCAGCAGACUCCCUUGACACUGCCAGGGAUCAUCCAGGCUCCGCACACAGGGUUGAUGCCAACAGAAACGAUGUGAGAUUAGGCAGCGAAAUGUCUUCUGGGCUUGAUCCUGAAGACUUUGCGCAACAACUGAGGAAGGAGGUGAAAGAAAAAACUGAAACCCUGCGCAGACUCAAGAUGGUUGAAAUGUACAGAAACAAGAAUGAUCUAACUCAGCUUCAAACCUUGAUCGACAAGUGGCGGAGUUGUGCUCAGGCUGCGCUGUUUGAGCUUCAGUCACGAAUCCCCGUUGAUGGACAAAAGGGCAGCCUGUCCGAGCUGAUUGACCUCUUUGGCCUGGACGAUGGCAUUUUGCACUUUGACCGCACAGAAGAGGAUUUCACUAUUUAA